UACACUCGGUCGAUGGAUCAGCAACAGUUGAUCGCCAGCGUCCACCCGGUGCAUACACAGCUCCAAGAAUCCCAAUCCUUUCAAGCAACACACCGUGCUCACCUAAAGGUUUCCGAAAUGAACUCCGUAACCGUACUCGCCAUCUUCGCCGCCUCCUUGGCCUUCUGUGCCGGCGAUGUGUCGCACUUGUCGCGCAGCUAUCUGCCUCCUUUAAGCGGCGGGUACUCCGGCUACUCCUCGUAUCCGUCGUACUCGAGCGGAUCUGGUUAUUACUCGGGCGGCGCUAGCUAUGCCUCGCCGAUCAUCUCGUCCAGCUACAAGAACUACGCGGUGCCGCAGUACACCACCUAUGCCACGCCCUCGCGCACCUACUUGCCCGCGGAUGCGGGCUACACCGGCUACUCCGGCUACUCGGGCUACUCCGGCUACAAUGGAUUGGACACCAAGUACGGCAGCAAUGGUGGCUACGUCUACUAGGCGCUAAUCCAAUUUUCGGGAGGUCAGCAGCAAUGGAGCCAGCAGACAAACUAUAUAUUCCUCUAAUCUUUUUUUUUUCUUGGCUAAGCAAUUUUGUUUAAUGGCUACUAAAUAUUUUCGAAUGCUUAAUGACG